AGGAAGGCAGACGCCGGGGAAGGCUCUGUGCAGAGCGGAGUUGCGGGGCUGGCGCAGAGCCGGGUCCUCAGGUCCCGCGCGGUGAGCAGCCGAGACAAUAAAGUAGCGGACGACAGCCCCCCCGAGCGCCGGAGGCUGGAAGCAGCAGAGCAGGUUUUGAUGAGAAAUCCGGAAGAAAGAAUAUGUGAAGGAAAAAGAUGACAUCUGUGCCUGGCAAACAAAAUCCAAAGAUUAUUACAGUGAAAACAAAAGGAAAGCAAGACAGUACUUACUAGUUCAAGAUGACAGAAGGCAGGCACUGCCAGGUGCACCUCCUGGAUGACAGGAGAUUGGAGCUGCUGGUUCAGCCCAAACUUUUAUCAAGAGAGUUGCUGGACCUCGUGGCUUCGCAUUUCAGCCUGAAAGAAAAGGAGUAUUUUGGAAUCACGUUUACAGAUGACACAGGUCAGCAGAACUGGCUACAGUUAGACCACCGAGUUCUUGACCACGAUUUGCCCAAGAAACCAGGCCCAACCGUUUUGUACUUUUCUGUGAGGUUUUACAUUGAGAGCAUAUCGUUCCUGAAGGAUAAAACCACCGUGGAGCUGUUUUUCCUGAAUGCAAAGGCCUGUGUGCACAAGGGGCAAAUCGAAGUAGACAGCGAAACUAUCUUCAGGUUAGCGGCGCUUAUUUUACAGGAAGCCAAAGGGGAUUACACCAGUGAUGAAAAUGCCAGGAAAGAUUUAAAGACAUUACCAGCCUUUCCAACCAAAACUCUGCAGGAGCACCCCUCCCUUGCCUACUGUGAGGACAGGGUAAUUGAGCAUUAUUUGAAAAUCAAAGGUCUGACUCGGGGUCAAGCUGUGGUUCAGUAUAUGAAAAUAGUAGAAGCUCUACCGACCUAUGGAGUCCAUUAUUAUGCAGUAAAGGAUAAACAAGGACUUCCUUGGUGGCUUGGAAUCAGCUAUAAAGGAAUUGGCCAGUAUGAUUUGCAAGAUAAGGUGAAACCUCGGAAAUUAUUCCAGUGGAAACAGCUGGAGAACUUAUAUUUCCGUGAGAAAAAGUUUGCUGUUGAAGUUCACGAUCCACGGAGAAUUUCAGUAUCCAGAAGGACCUUUGGGCAAAGUGGCCUCUUUGUGCAAACGUGGUAUGCGAACUCUUCUCUCAUCAAGUCCAUCUGGGUAAUGGCGAUUAGUCAGCAUCAGUUUUACUUGGACCGGAAGCAAAGCAAAGCAAAAAUUCCUUCAGCCAGGAGUUUAGACGAUAUUGCAAUGGAUUUGACUGAGACGGGAACACCAAGGGUCUCCAAAAUGGUGACACUAGAGGCAAAAAGUCAGUUCAUCAUGGCAAGCAACGGCAGUUUAAUCUCCUCAGGUUCUCAAGACUCAGAAGUCAGUGAGGAGCAAAAGAGAGAGAAAAUCCUUGAACUCAAGAAGAAAGAAAAGCUGUUGCAAGAAAAACUUCUGAAAAAAGUUGAAGAGCUUAAGAAGAUUUGUUUGCGGGAGGCUGAGCUCACAGGCAAAAUGCCAAAGGAGUAUCCACUGAACAUAGGUGAGAAACCUCCUCACGUCAGAAGGCGUGUAGGUACCGCAUUCAAAUUAGAUGACAACUUGCUGCCGAGUGAAGAGGACCCUGCUUUGCAAGAACUGGAGAGCAAUUUCCUAAUACAGCAAAAGCUGGUUGAAGCUGCAAAGAAACUUGCCAACGAGCCAGAUCUUUGUAAAACUGUGAAGAAAAAACGAAAGCAAGAUUACACGGAUGCAGUGAAAAAGCUUCAGGAGAUCGAAAAUGCAAUAAAUGAAUACCGAAUUAGAUGUGGAAAGAAACCCAGCCAGAAAGCAUCAGUUAUCUUACCAGAAGACAUAAUCCCAUCAGAAGGUAGCUCCUUGUCUGACACUACCACCUAUGAUGAUUCCAGUGACACCUGUACUCUUGCUGGGCAGCGAUCAAGUUCAGUACCUCAUUCUCCAAGAAUUCUUCCUCCCAAGUCUCUCGGGAUUGAGAGAAUCCAUUUCAGAAAGUCGUCCAUGAAUGAACAGUUUGUGGAUACCAGACAGUCCAGAGAAAUGCUGUCGACGCACAGCAGUCCUUACAGAACUCUGGAGAGGCGGCCCCAGGGAGGGCGAAGCGUGCCCACCACACCUGUUCUCACCCGGAACGCUUACAGCAGCAGCCACUUGCAACCCGAAUCUUCAUCUCAGCACUGCCGCCAGCGGAGUGGAAGCCUUGAGUCCCAGUCUCAUCUGCUCUCUGAGAUGGACCACGAUAAGCCAUUUCUCUCCCUCUCCAAAUCCCAAAGAAGCAGCAGCACAGAAAUCCUGGAUGACGGGUCUUCCUAUACCAGCCAGUCGAGCACAGAGUAUUACUGCGUGACACCCGUGGCCGGACCCUGUUACACCACCCAAACUCUGGACACUCGCUCCAGGGGUCGGAGAAGGUCCAAGAAACAGAACGUUUCCACUUCAAAUUCAGGAAGCAUGCCCAACCUAGCACAAAAGGAUAGUCUGAAGAAUGGCGUCUACUCAAAGAGUCAGGAGCAGCCUUCUUCCAGUUACUACACUGCCGGGUACACGCCAUAUGCAGAGUGUGAUUUGUAUUACAGUGGUGGCUACGUCUACGAGAACGACACUGAAGGACAGUACAGUGUCAAUCCUUCCUACCGGUCCUCCGCCCACUAUGGAUAUGACCACCCAAGGGACUACAGCAGGUCGUUUCAUGAAGACGAGGUCGACCAGGUGCCCCAUAACCCAUAUGCAACUCUCCGGCUGCCGAGGAAGGCUGCUGCCAAGUCAGAGCACAUCACCAAAAACAUCCACAAGGCCUUAGUGGCAGAGCACCUGCGUGGCUGGUACCAGCGGGCCUCUGGGCAAAAGGAGCAGGGCCACAGCACACAGACUAGCUUUGAUUCGGACAGGGGAUCGCAGAGAAGCCUGGGCUUUGCCGGGCUACAGGUACCCUGUUCUCCAAGCAGCCGAGCGUCUUCCUACUCUUCAGUGUCUUCUACAAAUGCUUCCGGGAACUGGAGGACCCAGCUAACUAUAGGGCUAUCUGAAUACGAGACCCCGGCACAUUCUUCCUACACCAGCUGCUAUGGCAACGUCUAUAAUCCUUUGCCCUCUCCAGGCAGACCAUACACAGAGACCGGUCAACUGGACAAUACAGAGGGAAACCUGCUGGAAGACAGCCUGGAGAAUAGUGAGCAGAGGCUCUUUUGGCACGAAGACUCAAAGCCUGGAACAUUAGUCUGAACUGCAGUUGAGCCUCUUGACCGAGCACUGCAUUCUCACACUAGUGUGCCUUGCAAAAUGUGUUCGUCUUCCCAGAAGGCUGUUGGCUAUAGAAACCUAAAGGCAUCCAAGGUGGAAGAGAGGACUCCCGUGACCCCGGAAGUGAAUCACACACUAAGCCACACAAAACCCCUGAACAACAACCCACCUUUCCAAGUCUAGGUGCUAACCUAACAGCAAGGUCAAGACCACAUGUGAACCAUUGCCAAGGAGGACUCAGCCUUUACCAAGAGCAAGCACUUUUUAAGAGAACAAAAGUUGUUGAAGGCAGACCUCAAAACUGUGAAAAGUGCGUUCAGAGUCUCCAACCGGAAAGAAGGACAGGGGAAAUUUCAGAGCACAAUUCAGAAUGAUGAGAGAAGGGAAGCCAGAAGCUCGUCACUGCUCACCAUCGGAAAGUUUGAAUUCGUGAGCUGGUGAAGAAUUACAUACUAUGUCUACCCGGACAUGAACAAUUUAGACAGUAUUAGAAAAUUACUUGAAGAGAAGCUGGAUAUUUCAUGAAUUCCUGAAUGAGUGUAAGUGUUUUUAGGCUAUUAUCAAGAGUGAUGGUUUUCAUAAGCACCAUAAAAUGGGUUCUGGAAAGACUUAUGGCUGUAGCAUCCUGUAAUAUAACUUCAUGGUAGCAGAUUGGGGAAAAAUGAAGCAGCCCACCACGUAACUGACAAACUCUGCUUGGAGAAUUUUCUAAGGUACACUAUCAUUGAGUUCCUUUUUUCUUUCUACUCCAAUGGCAUGAUGAGCUAUUGUUCAGGCUGGUAACUCUCCAACGCAGCUGUCAUUGCAAUGGCAGACUUGAUAUGGAAAGUUUUUAUAACCAAGAGUUUGAAAAAGUAUUUUAAGGUGAUACAGCAAGAACCCAACACAAUAUAAAGAAAAAAAACCACGAACACCACAUCAUUUUAGAUGAAUUGCGUGCCUUAAAAUUGUGAACAUUUGAAGAGUAAGCAUAUUGUCUGGAUUCCCCAGGUAGUUCUAAGUCACCAAGUGACAAAAGCAAAAUUAGUCAUUAAAAACAAAAACGAAAACCUUCCAAGCUGCCGUAAAUUUAACUAUGAGGCUAAAACUACCUCAUACUUUCCUUGGAAGAAAUAAUUCGCUAUGGUAUAUCGUUGGAUGUUUUGGGUUGGUUUGUUGGUGUUUUUUUAACAAAUAUUUCCAUAUUCUAAAUGGAUCUUCUUUUUUCAUCUUUACUCUGCUUCAGAAUUCCAUAAAAGGUGCUCCUUCCCCCUCUUUUAUACAGUUUUCUUGUUCAUAUUGUGAAUAGAGAAGUUUCUGAACAACUUUUGGGGAACAUUUUCUAUCUAUAUUCCAAAGCAUGUAAUAUAUACAUAAAGUUGAUUUGUUAAACUGGUCCUUAGUCAUUUGUAUCAUUGAAAAUGAAGUUUGGGGGAAAAUAAUUUGGAAAACAAAAAGACAUGCAAAAAAAUAACUUAUUCCUUUUUGCAUAUUUGUAUAGCCUUCUAGAAACAGAUAUAUCCUUUUGCAUAUUCUUUUACUGUUCUGACUUUUUUAGACCUAUUAUUUUUUUUACAUAGGUCAAUAAAUGAAAGGUGUGCUACUGAAAAUGUUUAUGUAUCCUUCCUUCCAUUUAUGUCCAGGGUUCAUACAAACCAGCUGAAGGUACUCUACUUCAAGUAAUCAGGUUGGACAAGAUUGUAGAUUUUUAGUUAUGGUAUUGCCAUAUUUUAUUGAUUCCAAGAUGCCCACUUUUUCAUACUUACAUCCCUGAAAUCAGGAUGCGUCUUUUGAUUGCUGACGUGUUAUAGUUGAAUUGGCAGUGUUUUCGGGUUUUUUUUCUUAGUGAGACAUAACGUAACGCCGUGUCUUAGAAUAAAAUUGUCUUAGAAUUGGUGAAAUACGGUAGUUUAUUACCUCAUGGAGGAUAACCAAUGUAGGCUUCCUAAUCUUACUAAUGUUGUUUAUUUCUAACAAGUCAUUCAUUCUAGUUUUUCAGACUGGCAAACAGGUCUUUUAAAUUCAAGGAUAUAUUUCAUCUGACAUCUUUUAAUCCCAGACAGCGGGGAGAGGUGAGUGGGAAGUGAAAUAUAGGGAGAUUAGUAUUUCUGUGCAAGUACCUUACGUGGAAAUAACCUUUUCCUGUUCAAGAAAUGGUAUGCUCAGAAUUGCAGGUGUACCUUGAAAAAACAGACAAAACUUGGCUCCCAAAUGGAAAAAGAAGGUAUAGAAAUGGGAGCACAGUGGGGCUGCUAAAUGAUUUUCCCCUCACCUUUUUUGG